AUGGGUGACGAUCUAUUUCUGUGCAUGGCAUCAUGUCAAAAUACGAAUAGUACUGGUACACUUGUUGGAAAUGAUUCUUACGACAUUGAAUGUAUCACACACUGUUCUCAACUUUAUGAAAAACUCUAUGAACAUACAGCCGAGAAGUAUACGAAUAUUUUUCAAAAAAUUGCAAUUGUUCUUAUUACAUUUGGUUUAAUUGGUAAAGUUUUUAAUUGUAUAAUCUUUCUUCGAAAGCCGCUUCGUGGCACAUCAACCGGUUUACUUCUAUUGUUAAAAACAAUAUUCGAUUUCGUUCCACUUCUAUGGACAUUUGUAUUUGAUACAAAAUUUUUUGUUAAAGAUGAACAAAUUAAUGUAUCGAGAAUUCUAUGUGCAUUAUCACGUAGUAGUGAAAUAUUUGUUUCAUGGUCAAUUGGUUUUGUUAUUCUUGCUUGUACUGUACGUCUUGCUACUAUAAUACAUUUAAAAUUUUUACCAAAACCAACACGCUUACACGUAUUUAUACUUAUUCUAAUCAUGAUGUUCUGUGGUCUUGUUUAUAAUUGGCAUGUUUUCUAUUAUCCAAGUCUUGUUCAAAAUAUUUUAACUGAUGAUCAAAAUCGUACAUUUAGCUAUUGUAAUAUAUUGUUUGGCCGUCAAAUGGGAUAUUUUUCUUAUGUUGGCUUUCAAUCUACACAAGAAUUUGUAUAUAAUGCUCCAAUAGUUAAUUUUAUUGUUUCGUCAUUAAUUCCAUUUACAAUAGUUGCAUCAACAAAUCUUGUGAUUAUUGUGCGUGUAUUGAAAAAUCCAUCGUCAAAUCAUUUAAUAAAAAUGAAUACAAUGAACAAUGGUCAUCAUAAACAAUCAUUAACAGAAUUUCAUGACGCCGGUACAGUACAUCCAUCAUUGAAAGUAACAACAAAUAUAACAAAAAAAGAUGUUAGCUAUGAAACAACAAUAACAUUAACAACAAGUUGUGUAUUUUUAACAACGAAUAGUAUUGCAAGUAUCUAUGUUUAUGUGAAAUCAAGUCACCGUUCAAGUCGUUCGCGUCUAACAGAAGAUAUCAAAACAUCGAAUAUCUAUCUUAUAUUACGUAUGUUAACAUUAAUUGAUACUGUUUUAGAAUUUUACAUUUAUUUUUUGACGGGAAAAAAAUUUCGCGAAGAAGUUUAUAACGUUAUAAGGGAAAUUCUUCAGCAAACGCCAUUAAGAAAAUUUUUUAAAUUUACACUCUCAGCAACAAACAACAAUGAUUAUCCAAAUAAUCAACGACAACAAAAAAACGUACUGGAAAAAAAUCAAGAUCGAAGUCAUUUACAUUUAAUACAUUCAACAGCAACGACAACAACAACUAUGUCACGAGAUAGUAGUUAUAUGGAUAUACCACGAAGACAUACAGUGAAGAAUUUUCGUUGGUAUGAUGCAGAAGAAAUACUUGAUAGAAUUGAGAGUACUGUUUGA